CAGUUACAAAUUUGUAUAGUUUUCAACUCUUGAAAAUUUUCCAAAUUCAUAUAUUUUUGGAUAUAUUUUUCGAUUAUAAUUUCGGAAAAUUUGAUUUUGCUUAAAUUGUUGAAGAUUUGAGGUUUUCCCCUGGAAACUAAAUUGCUACUGCGAAAUUCUUUAAUUAGUUAAGUGCUAAAAAAAAAAAUUCAAUAUGCGUGAAUGUAUAUCGAUUCAUAUUGGCCAAGCUGGAGUUCAAAUGGGCAAUGCCUGCUGGGAGCUUUACUGCUUGGAACAUGGUAUUCAACCUGAUGGCCAGAUGCCUUCAGAUGGUGGCUGCGAUGAAUCUUUUACAUCAUUCUUUAGUGAAACCGGUUGUGGUAAGCAUGUUCCGCGGGCUAUUAUUGUUGACUUGGAACCAACUGUUGUGGAUGAAGUUCGCACAGGUACGUAUCGUUGUUUAUUCCAUCCAGAACAAUUGAUAACUGGCAAAGAAGACGCUGCUAAUAACUAUGCACGUGGGCACUAUACAGUAGGUAAAGAAAUUGUUGACUUGGUGCUUGAUCGCAUACGUAAGUUAGCGGAACAAUGCAUUAGCUUACAAGGUUUUCUAAUGUUUCACUCAGUUGGUGGUGGAACUGGAUCCGGUUUCGCAUCAUUGCUAAUGGAACGUUUAUCUGCAGAUUAUGGUAAAAAAGCAAAAUUAGAAUUUGCUAUUUAUCCAGCUCCACAAAUAUCGACAGCUGUUGUAGAACCUUACAACGCUGUGCUGACAACUCACACUACCUUGGAGCAUGCAGACUGUUCAUUUAUGAUUGAUAACGAAGCUAUCUAUGAUAUAUGCAGACGAAAUCUGGAUAUUGAACGACCAACCUAUACCAACUUAAAUCGUUUAAUAGCACAAAUUGUUUCAUCAGUUACAGCUUCCUUGCGUUUUGAUGGUGCUCUGAAUGUUGACUUAACCGAAUUCCAAACCAAUUUAGUGCCAUAUCCUCGUAUACAUUUUCCAUUGGCCACUUAUGCACCUAUUAUAUCUGCAGAGAAGGCCUAUCAUGAGCAGCUAACAGUAGCAGAAAUCACAAGUGCUUGCUUUGAACCAGCUAAUCAGCUGAUUAAAUGUGAUCCACGUAAUGGUAAAUAUAUUGCUUGCUGCAUGUUGUAUCGUGGUGAUGUUGUGCCAAAAGACAUUAACUCAGCUCUGGGUACAAUUAAAACAAAACGUUCUAUACAAUUUGUGGAUUGGUGCCCAACGGGUUUCAAAGUGGGUAUAAAUUAUCAGCCACCAACAGUUGUGCCUGGCGGCGAUUUAGCCAAGGUACAGCGUGCAAUUUGUAUGACAUCUAAUACAACAGCUAUUGCUGAAGCUUGGGCACGUCUGGAUCGUAAGUUUGAUCUGAUGUUCGCAAAGCGUGCCUUCGUGCAUUGGUAUAUUGGUCAAGGUAUGGAAGAAAGUGAAUUUAGUGAUGCUCGUGAGGAUUUGGCUGCACUUGAGAAAGACUAUGAAGAAGUUGGUAUGGAUUCUAAUGAAGGUGAGCUAGGUGACGAAGACGAGUACUAACACUGAACAUGUAUAGAAUCGAAUAUUGUUGCAUCGUGUUCUAUUUAAGAGUCUUUGAUCAAAAGUAAAUUGUGUAGAUACAAUGUAACUUAAUAUAUCAUCGCAUAUGUAUUUAUCUUAAAAAUUCGCCUAUCAAGGCUUACAAAAUUAUAAAUUAUAAAAAUUAACAAAAAA